AUGGACCCACUGUUGGAAGAUAGUCACCUUAAGGAGCUACUUCGGUGUACCAAGAUAUUCAAGAGAGGAACCAAAUACAGAGCAGUUGUACAGGGUGAAGAUGGCAAGAACCUAACCAUAGGGUCCUGUCCCACAAAGUUGGAACUUGGUAAGCUACUGUUUGCCAAGUACAAGUUCCAGUGGACCAAGUUCUGCUACCUUGUGGAGGAACCAUUCCCCAGUUCAACCCAGGUUGGAACCAACUUGGACUCGGACUUGGAGAAGUACAACCUACCUGAUACCAGGGAAAUUGGACCUUUGGAGCUCUUCCAUGAACUUCAAGGUAGCUCCAAGUACCUUGUAACCCAAGGUUACAUCAAGGGAGAUGGUAGUUGCCAGUUCAGAGCUGUUUCCAAGUUGGUUUAUGGUCACCAGAAGUACCAUCCCAGGGUCAGAAGGGAGGUGGUGGAGUACCUUCAACUUCAUCCAGACCUCAUUGAAGUUAUGUUGGUAGCAGAUCAACCAAGGCAGCAUGCUUUCUCAAGUACCAGAUCCCCAGCUACCUACCUUGCAAGUAUGGCUAACCCUGGUUACUGGGGAGAUGAUGCUACCUUGUCAGCAGCUGCAACCAUCUACAAGCUUAGCUUGGUCAUUGUCAACCCAGACAGAACCUACUUUGAACUUAGCAAAGUUGAGGGGCCCCUUGGUUGGAAGGCACUAUACUAUACUGGCAACCACUAUGAACUUCUGUUCAAGGUACCUUCCUCCUCUUCAGCCUAG